AUGUACAACAGAGCCUCGUCAUCAGGAAAUUCUCUGCUAAAACAAACGCUGGAACCAUUGAUUUUAAACCAUAACAAACAAACGGAAACGGUGUAUGGCUAUAUCGGAAAUAUAACAGAAUUAGCAAAAGAAAUCGAGUCGUUACAUAAACCCGGUGAUCCCGAGUAUGAUUCACUACAAGAACAUAUUCAACAAUUGGAUGGAUGUGUGCGAGAAUAUUUGGACAUGUUGAGAAUAUCCGAAGGACAUACCAAAACACUUCAACAAAUUGUUGAAAGCAAUACUAGUGAUCUUUCAAAAUUAGAAGAAACAUACGAUCGAUUGUCGAAAGCAAAUACUGCAAAACCAUUGGACGAUGAUAGCAUCAAACAAGAUGAAAUGUAUCAAACAUUUAGAUUAGAAGUCCUCCGAGUGCACGAUCCAACAGGAGAAUUAGACUGGAAUAAGCCUCAAGACGAUGAUGAGAUUAUGCUCACACAACAGACUCUAGUCGUUACAUGCCCUUGGACAAGGACUCACUUUAAUGAUCCUAUUGAGUGCAUUCGUUGUCAUCAUUUUUAUGAAAAGUCAGAGGCCAUAUCACGAAUUAGGAAACAUGGGUACAUUGAUUGCCCUGUUGCUGGUUGCAGCGAAAAACGAAUUCUGGAAGCUAAUUUGAAGCCAAAUCCAAAGAUGGCAUAUAGGAUUAAGCAAGAAAUUGCUAGAAUUGAAAAAGAGAAACGAGAAAAGGCAGCACAACAGGCUGUUGAAUUAACUGAUGAUUAA